GUAUUUUAGCAAAAAAAAAAAAAAAAUCUUAAAUCUUUGGUUAAAAAUAGAUUUUAAAUCUUAAAAGAAAAUUCUACCUUGUUUUCAUGCUCAGGUUUCCUUCUUUUCAUGUUUCGGUUUCAGCUCAGAUCUCAUUCACACUCCUCUCCAUCCGUCGCUCAAAUGUCUUCCUUGUUUUCAUGUUUCAGGUUUCCUUCUUCUCCUAAUCCCAUUUUUCCUUUUUCCUUAUUAAGAACACUUUAUUACUCUCACUCUAGAUUUAAUUCUAAUUCAAAUUCCAAUCAUGUUGAUGAUUUUGUUUCCUCAUUCCAUCGAAUGCUUGGUCUGAAUCCUACCCCAUCCAUUGUAGAAUUUUCCAAAAUAUUAGGUUCCCUUGUUAAGCUGAAGCAUUACCCCACUGUUAUUUCUCUUUCUUACCAAUUGGAAUUCAACGGAAUUAAGCCAAAUAUUGUUUCCUUGAGUAUCUUGAUCAAUUGUUACUGUCACCUUGGUCAAAUGAGAUAUGCCUUUUCUAUUUUGGCGAAAAUUUUCAAGAUGGGUUAUCACCCCAAUACCAUUACCUUCAACACUCUUAUGAAAGGUUUGUGUCUUAAUGGUAAAGUCAAUGAAGCUAUUCACUUUCAUGAUCAUGUGCUUGCACUUGGAUUUCACUUAGAUCAAGUUACUUAUGGUACUUUGAUCAAUGGCUUGUGUAAAAUGGGAAAAACAAAAGAAGCCUUACAAGUGUUAAGACGAAUUGAAGCGAAAUUGGUCAACACCAAUGUGGUAAUGUAUAACACAGUCAUUGAUAGUUUGUGCAAAGAUAAACUUGUAAGUGAUGCAUAUGAGUUAUACUCUGAAAUGAUUACAAAGAAAAUUUCUCCUACUGUUGUCACUUUUAGUGCUCUAAUUUAUGGGUUUUGCAUUGUUGGUCAAUUGAAAGAAGCAUUUGGUUUGGUCCAUCAAAUGGUAUUGAAAAACAUCAACCCAGAUGUGUAUACUUUUAAUAUAUUGGUUGAUGCUCUUUGUAAGGAAGGAGAUGUGAAAGGAGCUAAGAGUUUCUUAGUCGUAAUGAUGAAAGAAGGUGUAAUACCGGAUGUUGUUACCUACAAUUCAAUAAUGGAUGGACAUUGCCUAGUUAAUGAAGUUAACAAGGCCAAACAUUUGCUAAGCAUUAUUUCUCGAAUAGGAGUGGCUCCUAGUGCUUAUAGCUAUAGCAUCAUGAUUAAUGGAUUCUGUAAGAUUAAAAUGAUCGACGAAGCCUUGAGUCUCUUUUAUGAAAUGCGUUGUAGAGGAAUUGCUCCUAAUACGGUAACUUACAGUUCUCUCAUUGAUGGUUUGUGCAAAUCUGGGAGAUUCUCUUGUGCUUGGGAGCUUGUGGAUGAGAUGCAUGUUAAUGGUCAACCACCUAACAUAUUUACUUACAGUUCUUUAAUAGAUGCUUUAUGCAAAAACAAUCAUCUUGACAAAGCUAUGACAUUAGUCAAGAAAAUUAAAGACCAAGGCAUUCAACCAGAUAUGUACACAUACAAUAUACUUAUUGAUGGGUUAUGCAAAGGAGGACGACUUAAGAAUGCACAAGAUGUUUUUCAGGAUCUAUUAACUAAGGGUUAUAGUCUAAAUAUCCGAUCAUAUAAUAUUUUGAUCAAUGGACUUUGUAAAGAUGGCUUGUUUGAUAAAGCAGAGGCCUUGUUGUCAAAAAUGAAGGGUAAUGAUGUCAUUCCUGAUGCUGUAACUUAUGAAACUAUUAUCCACUCUCUCUUUUAUAAAGAUGAGAAUGAAAAAGCGGAGAAACUUCUUCGUGAAAUGUUGGGUAGAGGUCUAUUGUAAGAGUUACUCUAGGUAACAUAUUUCUCAUUAUAUAAUUGGUUAUUUUGAAUUUUGAUGACAACUAUGCAAUUGUUAUGAUUUAUUCAGUUUUUAUUUUUUAAGUAAAAUGUGGACUACUCAAAGGUCUUGCUAUCACUUUAAUGUUAAUAAAACUCAUGUUUUGUUGA